AUGGGGUACCUUUCUUGCAAAGCUGAAUCAGCCAUCUCCGUCUCCAAUUCCCAAACCUCAUCAUCCAAAACCACCACCACCACCAACCCAGAAAAACCAAUCAAGAUCCAACACUUUGACUACAGUGAUAUUGAGGCUGCCACCAAUGGCUUCUCCGACCAAAAGCUUUUAGGCAAAGGCAGCCAUGGCUAUGUCUACAAAGCUGUACUCCGUGGCCGUCUUGUUGCUGUUAAGAGACCCUCCAGAGCUCACAGCCAAACUCUCCGACCCACCUCAUGUUCUGCGCCAGAGACCACCAACGAGGUCGACAACGAGAUCGAGAUCUUGUCCAAGAUUCAGAGCCCAAGGCUGGUCAAUCUUUUGGGCUUUUCAAAUGAUUCAAAGGACAGGCUUUUGGUGGUGGAGUUCAUGAGCAACGGUACGCUCUAUGAUGUUUUGCAUUCUAGUGCUAGGCCUCCCAAUUGGGGUCGUAGAAUUAGAUUAGCUUUGCAAACUGCUAAGGCCAUUGACACUUUGCAUUCAUCAAACCCGCCUGUAAUUCAUAGAGAUAUUAAGUCUGCUAAUGUUUUAAUUGAUCGUAGUUACAAUGCCCGGCUGGGUGAUUUUGGGUUGGCUCUAAGGUACUGCCAUUUUGAUGACUAUAGACUCCGGUCAACCCCGCCGGCAGGGACUAUUGGGUACUUGGACCCUUGCUAUGUGACCCCUGACAAUUUGAGUACUAAAACUGAUGUUUUUAGCUUUGGGAUUUUGUUGUUGGAGAUUCUAAGUGGUAGGAAAGCCAUUGAUGUUGCGUAUUCUCCACCUUGUAUUGUCGAUUGGGCGAUUCCACUUAUAAAGAGAGGGAAGCUGAUAACUGUUUAUGAUCCAAGAAUUGAACCUCCCAAAGACCCUAUUGUGAGGAAGCAGUUGGCUGUCAUUGCAGCCAAGUGUGUGAGGUCUUGUAGGGAGCGUAGGCCGUCAAUGAAAGAGGUGGUGGUUUGGCUUACUGGGUUGAGUAAGUUGGUCCCUCUGCACUCAUGGAAUGGUUUUAAUAAUCCAUGUACAAUGGUAGAGACUAUGGGACAACCGGUUGAAUCAAGGAAUGCCCAUUUGCGUUCAAAGCUAGAGGGUGUUGGUGAAGAGAAUUUGGAAGCCUUGGAUGCUAAGUUGACUAGGCAAGCCCUGAGGAAUUCCCGCAGAGUUUACUCUGAUUUGGGGUUUAGUAGCAACCUGAUGGAGCUUAUGGCAGGUACUGAUGGAGAGUCUGAAUUUCGGGGUAAUGCAGAUGGAGAUGAGCCCAAUUUAAAAUCACGGAAUCGGGUUUCUAGAUUUGGUAGUGAAAGAUAUGUUGGUAGAAGGAGUGCUCAAUCAACUCCUGGUCAUGGGAAAGAAGUCCCUGAUUUGAUCCGAAAUCCUUCAUUUGGGAAAAGAUCAUUUAUAUGUUCAAGGAGAGAUGAUGCAAUGCCUCAUGUGAGUGGUAGUUCCCAUCCAGCUGGUGGUAUACUGCUGGCUGCAUAA